UUAUAUCAACAGCAUUAUUUAAGUGCCGCGCAAUAUCUCAUCCAAAAAGUUAAUUGGGAAAAUAUUAAACUGCUCCGAAUUUUAUCACCGGCAUACCUAUCGAAAGAGCAUAUCGCUGACACAUUGAUCUUGGACAAAAUAUUGGAACAUAUGGCGGAAGAUGGCAAUAUGAAUCACAAUAAAUUGCGUGACGAAUAUAAAUUGGUUAAAGUCGAAAUAAAAUCAAUGAAACAAGCUGAUGUGGUCAACAGUGACAGAGACGUAGAUUCAUUCUGGGCUCAGUUUUUCCAGUCAAAUGGUGAUAAAUAUCCACAUUUUAAUCACUUCAUGAAAUCGCUGCUAUCAGCUAGCCAUGGACAAAUGGACGUAGAAAGAGGCUUCAGCUCGUCUUCUUUGAUUUUAACUGAAGAUCGUGCGAAAAUGAGCGAGCUAACGUUGAAUGCGCGAAUUAACACAGUAGAGGCAAUCAGAAGCGUUGGAAAUGAUGUCACAAAAAUAUUCAUCGACACAGAUCUUAUCGCAAUGGCUCAAAAUGCACGCAAACAAUACCAAAUUUAUUUGGAUGAAGAGAAAAAGAAACGAGAAGAAGAAGAAAGAAGUAAACAAAAACAAAGAGAGGCGAUCGAGCAAGAGCAAUUGGAACGCAGUAAACGUAGACUCGAAAAUGAUGAGUUGACGGAAAAAAUCAACGAAGCAAAGAAACGAUUUGAUGAUAAGAAAUCGAGUAUUGAUGAGAUAACUAGUGCUGCAGAAAAUAUGUUAUCUACUGGAUUAAAAACAAAAAACUUUGAAACAAUGACAACCGCACAAGCUAUGUUCGACAAUGCAAAAAAACAACGCGAAGAACUACAAGCAAUUCAAAUCGAAAUCGAUAAUCUGUCAAGAGCUAAAAGACAGAAGUCCGCCUUAAUAAGUGGUUAUUUUUCAAAGAAAUAAUGACCCGUCAUUUUUUGCAGUGUCGAACAUCGUUUAUGUUUAUAAACAAAUGAUAUUAAUAUUGAUAUAGAUCAUUGGCAUGCACUGUUUUCUUAUUAUUCAUCAAUAAAAAACGAAAAGAAACGAAUAUAUGUUUAUUGUUUGACCUU